AUGCCAGUACACAAAGAAAUAUCAAUAUUUUCAACAAUUACAAAUAUUUCAAUACUAUUUUUAAAAUUAUUUAUAGUGUACAUUAAGUCAUGGUUUAAUAGAAAACCCAAUUGUCCAAAAUCAAUUGAUUGUAAUCCUUAUGAAAGUGAAGAAUGUGUUAAAGAUAAGAUCAUUAAAGCAAAAGAUAUUAAUGAAAUUGUUUCAAUUUUUGGGUAUAAAGCAAGAGAACAUGUUGUAACUACAAGAGAUGGAUAUUUAUUGUGUAUACAUAAAUUAGAGAAAUUUAAUACUCAAGAUAAAGAAGAACAACUCAAUUUAGAAAAUACCAAUAAGAAGAAUAGCAAUAAAAUAGUUUAUUUACAUCAUGGAUUAUUAACUAAUUCAGAAUUAUGGUGUUUAGGUUCUAAAAAGGAAAAAACUUUACCUUACUUGUUAGUUGAUUUAGGUUAUGAAGUAUGGUUAGGUAAUAAUAGAGGUAAUAAAUAUUCAAGAAAACAUUUAAAAUUAUCUGCAUCAAGUGUUGAAUUUUGGGAUUUUUCAUUAGAUGAAUUUUCAUAUUUUGAUAUACCUGAUAUUAUCUGUUAUAUUGAUAAAUUUUAUGAACGUCAAAAAAAUUUGGGAAAUUUAGAUGUAUCGUCAAUGAACUCAAGUAGAUCAACUAGUGGAUCAACAACCCCUGUAAUUGGUGGAUCAACAACUACUUUGAAUGAACCACCACCAAUAAAAUCAAGUAAAAAUCAAAUAAUUUAUAUUGGGUUUUCACAAGGUUGUUCACAAUUAUUUGCAAGUUUGAGUCUUUUCCCAGAAUUUAACGACAAGAUUAGUUUAUUUAUUGGAUUAUCACCAGCAAUUAUACCGCAAAAUUUGAACCAUCCCAUUUUUAAAAUAAUAGUCGAUCAAACAGCACAUGAUAAUUCAUUCUUGUAUAGUUUAUUCGGAAGAAGAGCCAUUUUCCCAAGUGUAUCAUUUUGGUCAACUUUUUUCGGUCCAAUAUUGUAUGAAAAAAUAGUUGAUAAAUCUUUAAUGUUAUUAUUUGGAUGGUCAAAUCAAAAUAUAAAUAAUGAACAGAAAAAAGUUGGGUAUCCACAUAUGUUUUCAAAUUCAUCUGUAAAAUCAUUAUUACACUGGUUUCAAAUUAUAAGAGCCAAAAGAUUUCAAAUGUUUGAUGAAACUUGUUCAACUGGGUUAACUAAAUUAUCUUCAUUAUCUGAUUCUGCUAAAGUUAAAGGUAAUAGAGUUACUCCGUUCCCCAUAAAUGAUCAUUUAAAAAUUCCAAUGGUUUUAUUUUGUGGAGAUUCGGAUAUUUUAGUAGAUAUGGAAAAAACAAAAAGUUUAAUUUUGGAUUCAAAUAAAGCAAUGACUAAUAAAUUAGAAAUUAUAAUGUGUGAAAGUUAUGAACAUAUGGAUACUUUAUGGGGUAAUGAUGUUUAUGAAUUGGUUUUUAGUAAGAUUUUGAAGAAAUUAGAAAAUUUAAAUGGUGAUGAAGGUAAUAAUAAUAAGUUAGGAGAUGAAUUAAAAUUAGAUUAA